AUGCGAUUCGCGGCGCCACCGCCGCGUUCCGGCAAUAUCUCACCGUUUCCUUCACCAGCUCCUUCACCGUAUUUUUCACCGGCUCCUUCACCAUAUCUUUCACCGUUUUCCGGUGUAUCUGAGGAGAUUCUUUCCCGUUCUUCGGAUCCUCCUUUGCAGUUUAGUCCUCCGUUGAUCGCUAUGGUGGUGGUUUUAGCUGCCGCUUUUCUUUUCGUGACGUACUCUCGCCUCAUCUCCCGCCGUUUUAUUUCGCCUAUUUUCCGUCGUUUUCGACGGUGGCGAUGCCGUCGGCGCCGUCUCCUUCACCUAUCGUCGGCUUCCUCUGCUUCAACUUCAUCUUCCGAUCUCCGAUCGUUCUCCCCUUUCCCUUUCGACUCCUUUCACUACUCCUCCUACUCGCCUUACGGGUUAGAUGAUUCCGUUAUCAAAACGCUGCCGCUUUUCCUGUACUCCGCCGCCGCUUGCACCGGGAAGAGCGUUUCUGCUGCUGCGGUGGGGAAGACUUCCGCCGCCGUUGCGGAUUGUGCUGUUUGUUUGUUGGAAUUCGAGGAAGGAGACUAUGUACGGACGCUUCCGCUAUGCUUCCACGCUUUCCACCUUGAAUGCAUCGAUGAAUGGCUGCGAUCUCACCCUAAUUGUCCGCUCUGUCGUACGGCGAUUCUGGGAUCCACGGCUGCCGGCGUUUUGGCUCCUACGUCGCCGUUCGUCCCACUCAUGGCUCCUCGGAUUCGUCCAAGCUUCGAUGAUGAGAGUAACGCGAUCAUCAUCCGCAGCGAAAUUCCCCAGCGGAGCAAUUGGAACACAAUCGCGGCGGUGACGGUCGAUCAGGAGAUCACGGUAUCAGUGGAAGAGCAAUCACCGGCUAUAUCUCGGUUCCGGGAGCUGAAGAGAUCAUAUUCCUUCGACUACGAGAGGGAAGAAUCAGCAUCAGAGAGAGUGACGAUGGAGCCAGCGACGGUGUCUCCGUGGAGAUACAGGAGAUCUACGUGGAACAAGCAGCGGCAAUCUCCGUUCGGAAACCUGAUAUCGAAAUCUCGAGUGUUCUCGUUCCGGAACUACAGAGGCGCGAAAUCGCCCUUCUUCCGGCGGCGAUCGGGAGUGUUCUUCCCGAUAUCGGAGCGGAUCCCAGCGACGGGGAGCUCAUCGAGGCGGACGAAAUCAAUGACGAGCCCGAUGUUCUUCAGAACAGCACCGCACUCGUCGAGCCGGCUAAGAUGCGGAGAUCCAGAGGCACUGUUGUCGCCGGAGAGGUGGAGGAGAAGGGACACGUGGCUCUCUAUAGACAGGAGACGCCAAGACAGUGAAGGGCUCUCUAUAGACAGGAGACGCCAAGACAGUGAAGAAGAAGACGACGACGACGACGCAGAGGAGACAGACAUGUUUUCCGGAAUGUUCAUGAAAAAGCCAGAAAAAGCCGUGGCUCUGAAGGAACUGAAGCAAAAUGUUGCUUUAUUCGGCGGAGGGGUCGUCCUUAUCCGUUUGGCUCCAUACGUCCUAGCUUAUUUCUCCGAUUCCAAGCAAGAGCUCAAGAUCGACCUCUAA